GCCUUGUGGGGAGGGGGGGCAAGGAAGGCAGGCUCCUCCUGGAGAUCUUGGACUUGCAAGAGAGCGAGAGGGGGGAGGAGAAAGGAACAAACGGGGAUCCCUCGGCUUGGAGCGGUCCCUCCCUCGCCUUUGUGUUGGCCGGCGAAACCCACGCAGAGAGAUUUUGUCUCCUUUCACCAGGCAGGAUGAUAGCCGCUCAGCUGCUGGCCUAUUACUUCACCGAAUUAAAGGAUGAUCAGGUCAAAAAGAUCGAUAAAUACCUGUAUUCCAUGCGACUCUCUGAUGAGACUCUGUUGGAUAUCAUGGCCCGCUUCAGGAGGGAGAUGCAGAAUGGCCUUUCCAGAGAUUUUAAUCCAACAGCGACAGUCAAGAUGCUGCCUACAUUUGUGAGGUCUAUUCCUGACGGCUCAGAGAAAGGGGAUUUCAUUGCACUGGAUCUUGGUGGAUCUUACUUUCGCAUUCUGCGAGUGAAAGUCUCUCAUGAGAAGAAGCAAACGGUGCAAAUGGAAACAGAGAUUUAUGACACUCCAGAAGAUAUCAUGCAUGGAAGUGGGACACGGCUUUUUGAUCACGUUGCGGAAUGCUUAGGAGAUUUCAUGGAGAAACGAGAAAUCAAGGACAAGAAAUUACCUGUUGGCUUCACAUUUUCUUUCCCAUGUCGGCAAUCCAAGCUAGAUGAGGGUUACCUGAUAACCUGGACAAAACGCUAUAAAGCAAGUGGUGUUGAGGGAGCUGAUGUGGUACAGUUGCUGAACAAAGCCAUCAAGAAACGUGGGGAUUAUGAUGCAGACAUCAUGGCAGUAGUCAAUGACACCGUUGGAACAAUGAUGACCUGUGGGUUUGACGACCAGCGUUGUGAAAUUGGCAUAAUUAUUGGCACUGGCACAAAUGCUUGUUACAUGGAGGAAAUGAGACACAUUGAUCUGGUGGAAGGUGACGAAGGGCGGAUGUGCAUCAACACAGAAUGGGGAGCCUUUGGAGAUGAUGGAACAUUAGAAGACAUUCGGACUGAGUUUGACAGAGAGAUUGACCGGGGUUCCCUUAAUCCUGGGAAACAACUAUUUGAGAAGAUGGUCAGUGGCAUGUACAUGGGUGAACUUGUCCGGCUUAUCCUUGUGAAGAUGGCAAAAGAAGGUCUAAUCUUUGAAGGGCGAAUCACUCCAGAGCUUUUAACCAAAGGGAAAUUUGAAACCAAGCAUGUUUCUGCCAUAGAGAAGAGCAAGGAAGGUUUACAUAAAGCCAAAGAGAUAUUGACACGUCUUGGGGUUGAGCCCUCUCACGAAGAUUGCAUUGCUGUCCAACACGUGUGCACAAUUGUUUCUUUCCGCUCUGCGAACCUGGUGGCUGCUACUUUGGGGGCCAUCCUGAACCAGCUCCGGGACAAUAAGGGAGUCGGCCGUCUCCGCACCACAGUGGGGGUGGAUGGCUCUCUUUACAAGAUGCACCCGCAGUACUCUCGGCGCCUGCACAAAACAUUGAGGCGCUUAGUGCCAGACUCAGACGUACGGUUUUUGCUGUCCGAGAGUGGCAGUGGAAAGGGGGCUGCUAUGGUGACGGCGGUGGCCUACAGGCUGGCUGAGCAGCACCGGCUCAUCAAUGACACCCUGGCUGAGUUCAAGCUCACCAAUGAGCAGCUGCUCCAGGUGAAGAAGAGGAUGCGGAUGGAGAUAGAGGCCGGCCUCCGGAAGAAAUCUCAUGACCACGCCAAAGUCAAAAUGCUGCCCACUUUUGUCCGCAGCACACCAGAUGGGACAGAGAAUGGAGACUUCCUGGCUCUGGAUCUUGGAGGAACAAACUUCAGAGUUUUGCUUGUAAAGAUUCGAAGUGGUAAAAGGAGAAUGGUGGAGAUGCACAAUAAAAUAUAUGCCAUUCCCAUAGAGGUCAUGCAGGGGACUGGAGAAGAGCUGUUUGAUCAUAUUGUUUCCUGCAUCUCGGAUUUCCUGGAUUACAUGGGAAUAAAAGGUGCACGGUUGCCCCUGGGCUUUACAUUUUCUUUCCCUUGCAAGCAGACAAGUUUAGAUGCUGGCAUCCUUCUAAAUUGGACCAAGGGCUUUAAGGCUACUGACUGUGAAGGAGAGGAUGUUGUUAAUUUGCUACGGGAAGGAAUUAAAAGAAGAGAGGAAUUUGAAUUAGAUGUUGUGGCCGUGGUGAAUGAUACAGUUGGGACGAUGAUGACUUGUGCCUAUGAAGAUCCAAAUUGUGAAGUUGGACUCAUUGUGGGAACUGGCAGCAAUGCAUGCUACAUGGAGGAAAUGAGAAACAUAGAGAUGGUGGAGGGAGACCAAGGAAGAAUGUGUGUGAACAUGGAGUGGGGUGCCUUUGGGGACAAUGGAUGCCUAGAUGACAUCAGGACAAUCUAUGACAAAGCUGUUGAUGAAUACUCAUUAAAUAGUGGCAAGCAACGGUAUGAGAAGAUGAUCAGUGGAAUGUACUUGGGGGAAAUUGUCCGCAACAUCUUGAUCGACUUCACGAAAAGAGGAUUCCUCUUCAGAGGUCAGAUUUCAGAAACGCUAAAAACUAGGGGCAUUUUUGAAACCAAGUUCCUUUCCCAGAUUGAGAGUGAUAGGUUAGCACUGCUUCAGGUUCGUACAAUCCUCCAACAACUUGGUCUGAACAGCACCUGUGAUGACAGUAUCAUUGUCAAGACGGUGUGUGGAGCAGUGUCACGAAGGGCUGCCCAACUGUGUGGAGCUGGAAUGGCAGCUGUGGUAGACAAAAUAAGAGAGAACCGAGGAUUAGAGCAUCUGGAUAUAACUGUGGGGGUAGAUGGGACACUAUAUAAACUUCAUCCACACUUUUCAAAGAUCAUGCACCAAACCGUAAAGGAGCUGGCACCCAAAUGUGACGUGACAUUCCUUCUUUCUGAAGACGGCAGUGGCAAAGGGGCUGCCCUCAUCACCGCAGUGGGAUGUAGGCUUCGUGACGCUGAGCAUAACUGAACUCUACAGCACUGGCUAAUUCUGCCUUCCUGAGCACUUUCUUGUAAAGCAGCGGUUCUGUAGUCUGAACUGGCGUGGGGGGGGGAAUACCCAGAAUCCUCUGCUUUAUGAAGAGUUGAAAAUAAAAUAGGAUACUGAAUAGAGUGUGCUGUUGCUGAUAAUAUCUCCCUUGUCUGCAUGUGUCUUUUUUCUGCCCUUUUUGGUACAUUCCCCAUGUGUAGAUCAUUUUUAAAAAAGGAUCUGUAAUGAAAACAGAUGUCAAAAGAAAGUUUAUAAAUUGAGGUCUAAAAUUACCGCCAAAAAUAUACACAAGAGAGAGUGGGCGUCCAGUGUAUUCUUUCCAGCUGCUACUACUACAUCCAUGGUAAAUACCUAGGCCCACCUCUCUGCCUGAACAUGAAACAGAUGCUUAUGCAGAAGGGACUUAGAUGUUCCCCUCUGAAUUUUCACAUAACGUAAUUUCACUUUUCAAACAACCUGAGAGCUUUCACACCUGUUGGAAAGCACUAUAUGCUUGUGUUAAGUCUCUGUUGUUGGAUUUCUCUUAACAAGCUGAAUUGUCUUCUGUUCAUAUUCAGUCAUGGGGUGUGCAGGGUGGGGGAGACUCUUCCUACCCAUUUGAUAUCACUGACAUUUCCCAUGGCUUUGGUGACUGAUGUUGUUGCUUCCAAGUAAGACACGUAUUGUUUCAAAAACAUCUUUACUAGUAAAAUCAAGUAAAUGACUGGCCCCAGGGUAAUCCAAAUCUCUAGCCAUGAAAAACUUGUGUGUUUCUAUGGCCUGAUCUUGGUUUGGGCAUAUUCCAUUGAAUUUGGAUUUUUUUGUGGGAGGAGGGGUUGUCUGAAUUUCUUUAUCUUACUAAAAGCCACUUCCAGUGUAACAUUGUUAGCUCAUGGACAGACUUUGUGCAACAAUCCUUUGAGCGUGAUGACUGUGACAUUUCACUUGAUGUAUCUGAAUAUGGGAUCCUGGAUUUCUGUUGGGUCCAAUUCAUGGAUGUGUUUUCUGGAAAAAAAUGGUUUCAAUGGCUAAUCCUCACAUAUAAGGCUUCUAAACAGCGAUAGUCACAUGACAAGGCUUUUUAAUGCUUUGUACACAGAACUAGGUAACACUGAGUCUCUGGCCAAAUUGGCUGAGGGGUGGGGGGAAAAUCUCCUUUCAUUAUAUCGUUGGAUUCCAUUAGAUGCAAACCUACAGUGACUUUAAUGGCACUAGAUUAUACCCACAAUAUUCUGGAAAUGAGCACACAUCUAAAGUGGGCAUCAACUUCAGAAUCAGACUUCAUAAACACACAGUCAGUGGAGUAUUAUAAUUUCUACUUAAAUUAGCAGUUUUGGGUUCAGUCCAGACCAAGGUGGAGUAGAGGAGACAAAGUGCCUGGAAAAGCAGUCUGACGGUAAUACCAAACAGACCAGGUACAAAGGAUAUCCCAGGAGCAUAAUCCAUCACAACUGUUAUGAGGUCAGAUUGUACACUUGAAAGUUGAGCUAGCUAAUGAAGGUAGCAAUGUGGUAAUUGGUUUCUCAGGGGAAAAGCAGUUUGGCCAGUGUUAGGUGGUAGAGGUGAGUCCAACCAAUAAAAGCAAUUGUCUGCUGCAGUCGUAGUUUCUUCUUCUGUUCUCCAAGAUAUGAAUAGAUGCUGUUUGCAAGACUCUGACCCCCAUUAUUGGCAAAAAGUGUGUGGGGGGGUUGUACUGUUCCUUUUUUCUGUUCCUCACGAUUUGGAUUGCCCUAGCUACUGAUAAACAUUUCAACAUGCAUUAUGGUGCACUGUGAUCGAAUGUCGUAUGGUAAUGUGAGUCACAAGCAGUAAUCCCAGCUUUAAGUGUGUGUGCGCGUGUGUGUGUCUCUUUCUGAAGAACUGCAUGAUUACUUGGUUUUUUGCAAUGCUAGAAAGUCUUUUUACAUUGCCCACUAGUAGCAGUGAUACUAGUGCAAAAUGGAUAUUGUGACACUAUUAAACUUUUUUUUGAUGUGUG